AUGGGAAAUACUAAGUCGAGCUUUCCACCACUGCAAAACGUCGUUUCAUGUCAGACCGAAAAAUUCAUGGGAACCUGGUUUGUCAUAGCCGUCAAGCCAACUAUGUUUGAGAAGACUUGUUCCAAUGCUGUAGAGAAGUACACCUUCUUGAAGGAUACCAGCAAGCACGAUAUUGAUAUUGACUUCACAUACAACGCCAAGGAACCCAUGACAUCUGCUGUCAAGUCGCUUCCACAAAAGGGUUGGGUUCAGGGGGACGACAAGUCCAACAGUGGUCUUUGGAAAGUGAGCCCACUAUGGCCCAUCAAGAUGCCGUAUCACAUUAUUGAGCUAGGAGACAACUACGAGUAUUGCUGCAUUGGCUACCCAAACAGAGAGUAUGCUUGGAUCAUGGCACGAAAACCAGUCAUGGACGAGGGACUUUACAACGACUUGACGAAGAAGCUGGUCGAAAAGCACCAAUAUUCCCUUGAUGGUUUCCGAAAAGUGCCACAAAAGUGGACCAAAGCGGAACGAGAAAAGCGGGAAAUCAGUGUUGAUGAUCUUCCCGACAAAUUCCUGGUAGCGGAAUAA